GUAUUAGUACUACUUCUACUUUCACUCACCUCUCAAUUUAUUCACUUCUAUUUAUUUUCCUUUAAUUUUUUACCCUUACAUAAUUCAUCUCAGCUGAUCAUGGAGUCCGACGAUGAUAUGUACGAGGGAAGCGACGUAGACUCCGCCACCGGCGAUGACUUCUACGGCGACGACGUCAUCACCGGUAACGACAGUGACGUGGACUCCGCUUGCGGCGACGAUGAUUUCAUCGGUAAUGAUUCCGAUCAUCUUUGUACUGGUAAAAACUACGUCGUUUUAUCCGACGAUGAUAUUCGUCAUCUCAUGGACGAUGAUAUCUCUAAAGUUUCAUCAGUUCUCUCAGUUUCCAAAACUGAAGCAUCUAUUUUACUCCGUCGGUAUAACUGGAGCGUGAAUAAAGUUCACGAGGAAUGGUUUGCCGAUGAAUUGAAAGUUCGAGAAGCUGUUGGUUUAAAAAUAGCGGAAAAAAUUGUUCAAUUUCCGGAGAAUAAGUUAUUAACUUGUGGAAUUUGCUUUGAGGAUUAUUCAUCUGAUGCAAUUUUGGCCUCUGCGUGUGGUCAUCCUUUUUGUGUUGAAUGUUGGCGAGGGUAUAUUACUAAUUCUAUAUCUGAUGGUUCUGGAUGUUUAAAUUUGCGAUGUCCGGAACCACCUUGUAAAGUUGCUGUCUCACAGGAUAUGAUCGAUUCAUUGACGUGUGAUGAUCAUAGAAAGAAGUACUAUGGAUUUCUUUUCCGUUCUUACGUUGAGGAAAACAGGAAGAUUAAGUGGUGUCCUGCUCCAGGAUGUAAUUUCGCUAUUGAAUUUGAUAUAGGGAGCGAUAAUUGUGAUGUUAUGUGUGACUGCUCGCAUAGUUUUUGUUGGAAUUGUACGGAGGAAGCUCAUCGACCCGUUGAUUGUGGAACUGUGGGAAAGUGGAAGGAGAAGAACUUAGCUGAGUCGGAAAAUACUAAUUGGAUUUUGGCUUACACAAAGCCCUGUCCUAAAUGCAAGAGACCGAUUGAGAAGAACGAAGGGUGUAUGCGAAUGACAUGUAGAGACCCUUGCAAGUAUCAGUUUUGUUGGCUGUGCCUUAAUUCUUGGUCAACUCAUGGCUAUAAUCCGUGUAACAAGUACAAGCCGGGGAAUGAAGAUGAGAAAAAAAAAGAAAUGGCCAAGCAAUCUAUUGAGAAGUACACACAUUAUUACGAGAGAUGGGCUACUAAUGAGAAGUCGAGGCAAAAAGCUGUAGAGGAUUUGAGGAGAAUGGGAGAAGUUAAUGUUAAGGAGCUGAGUGAAUUGCAGAGCAUACCAGAGACACAAUUGAAGUUCAUUAUAGAAGCUUGGAAUCAGAUCGUUGAAUGCAGGAGAGUGUUGAAGUGGACUUAUGCUUAUGGAUUUUACUUGCCUGAUGAGGAGCACACGAAAAGGCAGUUUUUCGAGUUCUCGCAAGGUCAGGCAGAGGCUGGUUUGGAGAGGCUUCACCAUUGUGCAGAGAGUGAACUGGAGAAUUAUCUGAAUGUUGAAGAAAGUAAUUCCAAAACAUUUGAUGAUUUCCGUAUAAAGCUUACCGGUCUGACUAGUGUGACUAAGAACUACUUUGACAAUUUAGUUAGAGCACUUGAGAAUGGUCUUGAAGAUGUGCAUUCGCAAGGGGCUCAGAGCGACAUGCCAACAAGCUCCAAAAAUGCAGCUGAAAGCAGCAAAAGGGCAAGCUUGAAAAAUGGUAGGGACAGGAUGCCCUUGAAGGCAAGAGCUGAAUUCAUGAGGCUCGUGAGAACUAGAAAUGCAGGACUACCUGGCAUUAACAACACUGCAAGCUCAAAACAUGCCUUAGUUGCUCCAGGAGGAAAUAUAAAUGGCUCCAAGAAUCUUGUUAUAAGUGGAGACAACACUUUGAGAACAUCAAACAAUCCACUUGUAGCAGGGCUCAGCAACUUUAUGGGAUCAAAAGAUGCACUUGUAGCGGCGAGGAGCUACCCUAUGAGCCCACAAUUUUUACAACUAGCUGGGUUGAGCAGCGCUACCGGCUCGAGUAAUUUGCAGCUAGCUGGGAGCAGCAAGGUGAUGAACAUUGGGGGAGGCAGUGUGACGAACUUGGCAAAUGCACAUGUGGCUGGGAGAAACAUUCUCACUGUACCAAAAAAUCCACUUGAAGCCGGGGGCAGCAACUCUAUGGGAUCGAAAGAUGCACCUAUAGCAGGUAGGAGCUAUGCUAUGGGCUCAAUGUUUUUACAACAAGCUGGGGUGACCAGCACUACUAGCUCAAGUAAUUUACAGCUAGCUGGAGGCGGCAAGGUAAUGAACAUCGGGGGAGGCAGUGUGACAAACUUGACAAAUGCACAUGAGGCUAGAAGCAACAACCUCACUGUAUCAAAAAGACCACUUGAAGCCGGGGGCAGCAACUUGAUGGGAUCCAAAGAUGCACUUGCAGCAGCGAGGAGCUACGUUAUGGGCUCACAAGUUUUACAACAAGCUGGGGUGACCAGCUCCACUGACUCGAGUAAUUUACAGCUAGCUGGCGGCAGCAAGGUAAUGAACAUUGGGAGAGGCAGUGUGCCAAACUUGGCAAAUGCACAUGUGGCUGGAACCAACAACCUCACUGUCUCUAGAACUCCAAAUGCGGCUUGGGGCAGCAAGGUGAUGAACUUUGGGGGAGGCGGUACAAACUUGGCAAAUGCACAUGUAGCUGGAAGCAACAACCUCACUGUGUCUAAAACUCCAAAUGCGGCUUGGGGCAGCACUGUGGGAAGUGGUACAAACUUGACAAAUGCACAUGUGGCUGGAAGCAACAACCUCACUGUGUCUAAAACUCCACAUGUGGCUGGUGGCAGCAACGUGAUGAACAUUGGGGGACGCGGUGCAAACUUGGCUAAUUCACAUGUCGCUGGAACCAACAACCUCACUGUGUCUAAAACUCCACAUAUGGCUGGGAGCAGCAGUAGGAUAGGUAGCUGGAAAAAACGCAGGACAUCAAAUGCUGGGACACCGUUAAUCAUAAAUUUGGAUGACGACGAUUUAGGAGAGACAACUUCUACCGCAGGGGCAUCGUUAACACAGAACAUGAUUGAUGAUUUGGAAGGUUGGGCAUGCGAUUCGUGCACAUUUCUGAAUGCUAGCUCUGCCACGGCAUGCCUAAUGUGCAGUGAAGAUGAUUCUGGCAAUUGGGAAUGCGAAAUAUGUACAUUUGUCAAUAAGAAGCAUGCUUCUGCAUGCCAAAUGUGUGAGCACCGUAGAUAAUGUCCUUGCUUGCAUAUAAAAAUAUAUGGCUGCUCGGAGGAUACUCUUGGCUACAAGUUAGUUUUUGAAUUAUUGCUACCUUACUGUUUUACCAGUCUUAUGUUCUUCUUUUCGGCCGAUAGCUGCCUAAAAGUUUCAUAUUGCAUCAGUUGGAUGCAUAGGCUUAAGUAGUAGUAUAGUCAUGCAUAUAUGGGGUUCCUGGUAUUUAUAGUGAUACACAUUCUCCAGGUACAUAACAGCUUUUGUCAUAUUUCUUACUAGUAAAGGCCAAUACAUUAUUCUCGUUAUUGUGAAGACUCAAAAUUUGGUACAUUGGCUUAUCUCUU